UUACUUCACACAACCAUGACCGAUUCUCUACCGUUCGACGUACUCAUGGAAAUACUGCCUUGGAUAGAGUAUAAGGACCUUCCGGCGCUGGCAUCGAGUAGCAAAGCUAUGUCUAUACUAGCUCUCGACCGCUUGUACGCCUCAAUCCCUGCACAAUGUUUCCUCGGCGCGGGCACAUCAAUUUGCAACAACCCAACUCUUGCACAGCGAGUGCUGUCGUUAGAGGUGAAUCGAAAGCACAACGGCAAAAACUCCGAUAUUGUCAUUCCCCUCCUCAGCAAUGUCCUCAAUACCACCGUGAAUCUACGACAUCUCGUCCUCCACAUGGGAGGCUCAUAUUGCAAAGUUUUGCAAUUCUCCAGAUUCCAACUUCACACCUUGUCCUGUCAUGCGUUCACCGACCAUCAUCUUAUAACUUUUCUUCGACAACAAACGGAACUGAAGGAACUUGUCCUUGCGCAUUCGCUACCACCCAUUCCAAAGGGGAGGAGCCACCCAUGGAAAUUCCAGCAACUUGAAAGUUUCGAUGGACCAUGGACAUGGGCUGAAUCAAUACUGCCCAAAACCCCGUUAUUGUCUCGUCUUAUGGUCACGUCUGCACCUUCUCGCCCGUGUAAUUUAAAGGUGCUUGCAGAUGCGCCGAUACGACAGUUACGAAUACCAUUCCCUGCAGUGGUUCCACAAGGUACCGCGGACCAAAUACGACAACUUAUUCCGCGUCUUGAUUCUCUCGCCAUCCUUUUGGAUACUGGUUUUAUGAGCCUACUCAAGACUAAUCCUAUACCUGCACUGGAGCAGUGGCUUAUCACAACACUUUCAGCUGUGACAACGAUUCGUUGCUUAGCCAUAUAUGGAUUCCGGACCUCAGAUCGCCAAACAAGCAACACUAUCAACUUUAUUCAGAACGUCACAGCAGAGGCUCCGAGAGUGCUCGAGGUUUCCAUUGUUUAUGGACCCCAAAUGGAUGUGGAUGCCGGAGCAACUUGUGUUUGGAAGAGGGUGUCGGGACAUGACUGGGACUCUACAGAAACUUCAGUUGAAUGGGCAUAA